AUGCCUCGCGAAAAACUUGCCAGACAAUCUCUGGGCUCUGCGCACAAAUUGAUCAAAGAAUCCAAAGUCCUACUAGUCGGCGCCGGUGGCAUAGGCUGCGAACUCCUCAAAAACCUCGUCCUCACCGGGUUCGGCGAAAUCCAUAUCAUCGAUCUUGAUACCAUUGAUCUCUCCAACCUGAAUCGUCAAUUUCUCUUUCGACAAGAACAUAUCAAGAAACCAAAAGCCGUUGUCGCAAAGGAAGUCGCGCAAAAAUUCAAUCCCAAUGUCAAACUCGUUGCCCAGCAUGCGAACAUCAAAGACAAGCAGUUCAAUCUUGAAUGGUUCUCAUCCUUCAACAUUGUUUUCAACGCGCUCGACAAUAUGGACGCAAGAAGACACGUAAAUAAGAUGUGCUUGGCCGUGGAUGUGCCACUCAUCGAAUCCGGAACGACGGGUUUCAAAGGUCAGGUUCAGGUCAUCAAGAAAGGAAAAACUGCUUGCUACGAUUGCUCUCCAAAGACCACUCCCAUUUCCUAUCCUGUAUGUACCAUACGGAGUACUCCCAGCCAACCCAUUCAUUGCAUUGUAUGGGGAAAGAGUUAUCUGCUACCCGAGCUAUUUGGUGUUGGUGAGGAUGAAACGACAGAUCUGGACAACACAGAAGACUCGGAAAACGCUGCGGAAAUUCAGAAAUUGAAAGAGGAAGCACAGGCUCUGAAGAAAAUCAGACAGUCCAUCGGAUCGGAGGAUUUCCCACGGCAGAUCUUUGACAAGGUGUUUAAUGAGGAUAUUGAGCGACUGGCCAAGAUGGAGGACAUGUGGAAAGAGAAGAAACCCCCAACACCCUUAUCCUAUGACAUAUUAGAACAACAAUCCACCGGUAUCGAUCCCUCCAUAUCGAACGAGAGUCAGAAGACGUGGUCAGUAAUCGAGAACUUUGUUGUCUUUAAAGAUAGCUUGUCAAGACUUUCCACACGACUCGCUCAAGAUCAAGCCGUGGCAGACAAGACGAAUCAACCCCGACCGAUUAUCACGUUUGACAAAGAUGACGAUGACACGAUGGAUUUCGUCACUGCAUCUGGAAAUCUACGCGCUUCAAUCUUCGGCAUCGAGGCCAAGUCCAAAUUUGACACCAAACAGAUGGCCGGCAACAUUAUUCCUGCUAUCGCAACGACCAACGCUAUGGUAGCUGGUCUCUGCGUGCUACAAGCCUUCAAGGUCAUUAAGGGUGAAUACGCUCGCACGAAAUGGUUAUGGCUGUGGAACGGAUCCCUUCGUACUGAUCUUCUGGAGAAGCCGAACCCAGAAUGCGUGGUUUGCAGUGUCGCCAUGGCGAGAAUCCAAGUCAAUCUCGAGAAUGCUACCCUUGGCGAUCUCGUUCAGAAUAUCCUCAAGACCAGUUUCAGUUAUAGUGAUGAAAUCACUGUCAUGACCGAAGCUGGCAUUAUCUACGAUCCAGAUCUGGAAGAUAACUUGGAGAAGAAACUCAAAGACCUCGGGAUUGGCGACGCAAGUUUCAUAGUGGUCAAGGAUGAGGAGGACGAUACGCCACGUGUGGAUCUGCAGUUAGCAGUGGUCGCUACGAAAGCAGAGGAAGGUCGGCCGCCCGUUGCACUCAUUCAGAACGAAGGAGAAACAUUCGAGAUACCGCGGAAGCCGGAAAAAGCUCCAGUGGCCGAAGCAGCAGAUUCAGACGGAGAUGAAGUGGAAAUCGUGGUCAACGGCACAGCCCCGGUCACAGCAAGGCGGAAACGAGCACUAUCGGAUGCCGCUGCAAAUGGAACAGAGACGCCAGCUAAGAAACUUCAAGGUGCGGUGGCAAAAGAUCCCUCAUCGAAAGCUGUUGUAGUAGAUGAUGACGACGGAACGCUUUUGAUUGCUGAUGACUGA